AUGUUGGGCGCUUUCCGUCGCUCCGCCGUGAGCCACGCGCUCCGGUUUUCCGCUCGCGCCGUAUCAGCAAGGCCAACACCACAGCGAUUUCAAUCCCUUUCUUCGUCGAUUUCGACACCUUCAUAUGCCCCUAGAUCUCUAUUUCACUCGUCGUCGCUCCUUUUCAACUCUCAAGCUGCAGCGGAAACAGAUAUUGGCGAUGUUGGCCAAGACCAAGUUUCGAGCCGGUUCUCGGAAUUAGCAGAGAAGAAUCUAGUCGACCCUUCAAUUAUCCGAACUCUCACGGAGAAAAUGCGCAUCGAAACUAUGACGGACGUUCAGCGCGAAACAAUCCCAUUGAGCGUCAGAGGUGACGACGUUCUCGCUCAAGCUAAAACCGGUACAGGCAAGACGAUUGCCUUUCUUAUCCCCGUCCUGCAAAAGCUUCUCAACGAUCCGAGUGUGAAGAGAGCUCAAAGGGGUCGAGGUCGAUUUCAAAGAGUCCCCACGGACAUCCGCGCCAUCGUCAUCUCGCCCACACGCGAGUUGGCUGAACAAAUUGCAGUCGAGGCAAGCCGCCUCGCCCAAGGGUCCGGAAUAGUUGUUCAGACCGCCGUUGGUGGGACGCAGAAGCGUCUGAAGCUGCAGCAGGUACAGCGCGAGGGUUGCCAUAUCUUAGUUGCCACUCCUGGUAGACUUCGGGACAUUCUGUCGGAUGAGUUCUCUGGUGUCGACGCGCCUAAUCUCUCUACAUUGGUUCUGGACGAAGCAGACCGUCUUCUGGACGAUGGGUUCGGGCCUGAGCUCAUGGAGAUCAUUCAACAUUGGCUUCCAAAUCCCGCCGAGGUCCCGCGCCAAACUCUGAUGUUCUCUGCCACCAUGGCCCAUGAGGUCAUGGGCAUGGUCCGCAAAACCAUGAAGCCUGAUUUCAGUUUCGUCAAGACAGUUCGUGACGACGAAGCCCCCACGCACAUUCGGGUACCGCAAAAGGUAGUGUUCCUGGAAGGCUUUGAAAACAUACUCCCAGCUCUCCUCCAGCUAGCCAAGCGUGCCUAUGCAAACCGUGAGACGUCAGAGCGCCCGUUCAAAGCCAUUGUAUACUUCAACUCGACCAAAGAGGUCAAUGUCGCCUAUGAGACUUUUGACCGGCUGCUCAAUAAUCCGGAAGACCAGAGCAGCGGGCACCCUCUGGGUAGAAUGUUCAUCGGCGAGAUCAGCUCGCAGCUGUCGCAAGCGGCGAGAACUCGGGUUGCUGACAGCUUCCGACGAGUCAAGUCCGGUAUUCUUUUCUCAUCCGAUGUCACCGCUCGCGGUAUGGAUUUCCCUGAUGUAACGCACGUUAUUCAAAUCGGUCUACCCAAGAAACGCGAAGACUACAUUCACCGUCUGGGCCGCACAGCACGCGCAAACAAGACCGGCGAGGGUUGGAUCUUUAUCCACCCCGCGGAGAAGAACGCAUUUAGGCGUACCUUGCACGGCAUCCCGGUUGAACUCGACACCUCAUCCCUCCCCGUCGCCUCCCUGGAUCUAACCAUGGAUCUCGAAACGAGCCCGCGCCCAUCAAAACAAACUGCUUGA